CGCACCAAGGCCCUCAUCUUCUACGGCACCGACUUCAGGGCCUACGAGGCGCCCCUGCCCCGCCUGUCCCACCAGACCUGGGCGCUCUUCCACGAGGAGUCCCCCAUGAACAACUACGUCCUCUCCCACCCGCCCGGCAUCCAGCUCUUCAACUACACGGCCACCUUCCGCCGGGAGUCCGACUACCCCCUCACGCUGCAGUGGCUGCCCGGCGCGGGGUACCUGCGGGGCCCGGCGCUGCCCCUGGCCGAGAAGGAGGCGUGGCGGCGGAGGGGCUAUGCCCCGGUGCUCUACAUGCAGUCCCACUGCGACGUCCCCUCAGACAGGGACCGCUACGUGCGGGAGCUCAUGAAGUACAUCCAGGUUGACUCCUAUGGGAAAUGCCUGCAUAACCGUGAGCUUCCCAGUGAAAGACUGAGAGACACUUCUACAGCCACUACAGAAGAUUCUGAAUUUAUGACUUUUAUCGCCAGGUACAAGUUUCAUCUGGCCUUGGAAAAUGCCAUAUGUGAUGACUACAUGACAGAGAAGCUGUGGCGUCCGAUGCACUUGGGUGCUGUCCCAGUAUACCGAGGCUCUCCAGCUGUGCGGGACUGGAUGCCAAACAACCUCUCCAUCAUUCUUAUAGACGACUUUGACAGUCCCCAAGAGCUGGCAAAGUAUCUUGAUUUCCUGGACAAGAAUGGAGAGGAGUAUAUGAAGUACCUAGAGUAUAAAAACCAUGGUGGAAUCAAAAACCAGUUCCUGUUAGAGAGCUUGGAGAGGCGGGAGUGGGGUGUGAAUGACAUGACUCUGCCCAAUUACUUGAAUGGCUUUGAGUGUUUCAUCUGUGACAGGGAGAACAUCCGGGUCAAAGAGGAGGAGGAACACAAAAAGUCCCGUGGGAGAAUUCCAGCUCCCAAACCUCGCAUAGCUCAGUUCAAGCACAUGGGAUGUCCUGUGCCAAUCCCUGGGUUUGGAAGUGUUGAAGACCUCUCUGGAGGAGACAGUUGGAAAGAGAUGUGGCUACAGGAUUAUUGGCAAAGCCUUGAUCAGGGUGAGGCCCUCACCGCUAUGAUUCACCGCAAUGAGUCACAUCAGGGAAGAUUUUGGGACUAUAUGCAUGAGAUUUUUCUCAAGAGGACGAGGCAACACUGACCCAUCUUUGUAAGAGCUUGAUCUGAAAAUUUCAUUGAAAGUUGAGACUGUGAAUUCUUACCUUGGUCCAAAUGUUUGCCUUGAAAUAGAAGAAAAACUCUCACAGAGACUCUUUUUUUCUGGUGCAUGAAGUGAGUAAGUUUCUGCUAUGAUUGGAUUUCGGCAGUGAAGAUCUUAGCAACUGCUUUGAUUUGAAUUUCAGCUCUGUGGUGUGAAGCCACUCCUGAUUUACAGGUGUCAACAUGUGGGACAAAAGAGGAAUUUACUCUCCUUUUGCAUUUGGUAUAGCUUCCUUGUGGCUUACAUGACUUCAGAGGAACACCUCUCCAGAAUCUUGCUCAAAUACCCGAAGUUAUUUCAGGGAUUUUUUUAAUCUCCAAAAUAUUAAUCAUUUUUUAUAAAUAUUUUAUCAGCCAUUUAUUGUCCUCAUUGUCCUGUUAGCUGCUAUUAACAAACAGCUUUUCCAGUGAAGGAAUUACAAAAGACAAAUGUCUGUGGAGUGCAAUUGUGCCUUAUGAAAUUGCAGCAAUAAAGCCUCUUCUCCCCAAGUAAGCAUGCCUUGAAUGCUCCUGCUUUUCAGGGUAACUCAAUAACUAUGGGCAGGUCACUUACCCUCUGCCUAAUUUUCCUUUUUUUGCUAACUUUCCAGGUGAUACGUACAAUGGGAUGAGAGACUAAAUUAUUUAUAUUUACAACUUUCAACAAAGUACUUCACACCAGAAAGUGUAUUACCUGGUAUUGUGCAGAACUAGAGUAAAAUUAGUAUGCUUUGCUUCUUUCAAGUUUCCGUAAAGCUGGAAUCCCAGCUACAGUCUUGACUUGUUGUUAUCUCUUUAACACCAGCAAUUCAGAGGCCUUUGAUUUGUUCUUUUUGAGUAUCUGCAGCUUUCUGCAAAGACAAAUACAUUUUAACAAUGGUACCUCUCCAGUGGUCUCUGCAGUUUGGAUACAAAGCUUGCAGUCUUUCUGUGCUGAAGGGGAUGAUCAGAAUCAGGUGCACUGAGAUGGUUUUGUAUCUCUACCAGAUCUUAAUACAGUGUGAUCCUGGUCUGUGACUGGAGUUCCUAAAAGUGAUGACAUCUGGAUAGAUCUUCCUUGUUGCAUAGCGUGUAUCUCUUACAGAUAUAAAUAAAGCCCACUGUUCCCUUCCAUGUUGGGUACCUCUCUGAAAUAAUCGAUUUUGCAUUGGAGAUUCACUUAGUGUCACAGGUUAAAAGCACAGGUAAAUAUGACCACAGUGCAGCGAUGUCUGACUAAAUAGCCAGAGUUUAUCCGUGCCUAAAACAGAAUGUUGGUAAUGAAGGUCUAGAGUGUGGGGGGGUAAUUUCAUUUUGUAAGGCAGUUCAUGCAUUGCUAUGGGAAGUCUGAAGCCUGUUAGUAAAAGUUAGGAACAGGAGUGAAUCUACAUUCUGCCCCUAAUUAAGUCACUAUCCAUUGCUUAGCUGUGGAUGGAAGAUUUAAUCUUUCUUUUUUUUUUUUUUUUCUCCCCUCAAAUUCCCAUUCAUAAUGCUACAGGUAUGAUAUUAUAGGUAUAAUAUUAGUAUAGGUAAUUAUAUGCAUCUCAAUGUUUGCCUCUCAAGUGAUAGAAUAUUGCAGUGUUAAAAACUGGGCACCUUGACAGAGGAGACUUCAGACCCGUAACUAUCACUGGAUUCUUGUAAAUGUGGAAAAUACAUAAAAUAUACGCAGAUCUCACCUGAUUUUUUUUAAGGAGAAAACUGCUUUUUUAUCUUUUCUGUAAUAACAGUAACAAAUAAUUCUUCAGCUAAAAUGCAUUCAUCAGUUUACAUUCCUUUUUUUUCAGUUACUCAGGAGACAUGAAUACCUAAGUGAAUAUAUUUGAAUUAAUUGUUAAAGUGGAUUACUCAAAUCAGAUUAAGAUUACAGAUAUGUCUAUUCAGGAUUGAAGUGGCCACAAUGUGCUUGAGAACUAAAUUAUGAUAAAACAAAUCAAGGCUGCUUUAGUUCUGAAUAUCAACUUCUACUGAACAGUUUAAUGAUAUUUAAAUAAAUUGUUUGAAUUAAUGCCUUCAGUUACUUCAGAUUCUCUUUGUUUCCUGCUUCUAUAUAGAAAAUCAUUCAGUAGUCUUUGAGCGCGUGGUGCUUUUAAUUAGCUAGAUCUCAAAACCCUUUCUUAUUCAAGUGUUUGGGGUAGUCAGGAAGAGAAAUUCCAAUCUUGCUUUUUGUACUAAAUGUGAAAAAUACAAACCAAGUACUAGCAUAUUCUGCUUUUGCUAUUUUAUCCUGUAAUUUAAGUAGUUUUUCUAGAAGUGUAGGGUUUAUAACCAUGUCCAGGUAUUUGUUAUAAUUUACCUGCUGUUGCCAAAAUUAGACAGGCUACACUUAAUGUGUUGUCCUUGCAGGAGUAACAGGAGGAAGUACCAAUAUAAGCGUGUGCAUCAUAGCACCUGCUUAAUUCUUGGGUAAUGAUGUCCCAAGGCCUCACUUUGCCUUCCUGCUCAGCAAAAUGAGCAUGUUUGUCAAAUAACAACAGAAUUGAAGAUACAGUGGUACAAACUUAAAGAGUAGCUAGCAAACCAGAUAAAAGCUUACUCCUUGGGACCUUGAUUCAUUAAUUUGCUAGUUCACAACCGUGUAUUCCUUCACCACUAUUUAUUAUCUGUACUCAGUAUAUUAGUGACCUGUCAACAAGGGUUUUUUGUUAGUCCUACAGGAGUGUUUUUUGUUUGGGUUUUUUUUGCUGUAUGUAUGCACUACAGAAGGCUGUUGCUUUGAGCUUCAUGACUGUUGCCAAGCAUGAGUAUUUCUGAUUGCCAUAUCCCUUCUUAACACAGGUGUAAAAGCAGCACAGAUACGAAAGUAACUUUAUCACAGAUAUUCUGUGGGGUUCGUAUGAGUUUCAAAGUACAACUUCCAGUUUGUAGUUAAGAGUCAUGAGCCAGUUUCAAUAGCUUUCUCUUCUGAGUUCUUAGUGUCUUCUUAGGUUUAAUUAUUUUUUACAGUCCUGCAGGUGGUGAACUUCUCAAAAAGUAAUGAGUAUCAGCUACCACUCUUCACAGCCAUGAUGCUCACCCAAGCCUUGUGUUUCUCUUGUAUCUGCAGAGGUUUUUUUCUGUAGGAAUAGAUCAUAGUAGCUUAUCAUCUCCUGUACGUCACAAUAUGUCCAUGAUUUAUAAACAAUGUGUCUGUUGCCUAAAUUAAUAUACUAAAUGUGUUUCACUGAUUGUACGUGGUACGCAAGAAUUAAGGCUGAAAUAUUUCUUCCAGUGUGUAGUAUGAAUAACUUGUAUAGCUGCCAGGUAAACUCCUCAGGGGCAGGAUAGGUGGGAAUCCUCCCUUGCUGGCUAAAGAGCUGUGGUUGCAGUUCUGUUCCAGGCUGCUGAAUGACCUUCACAACAUCCACUUCUCUGCACAGCAAGGACUGCAAAAUGUUGAAUAAAGGAGGUUCUACCAGCAGGGCUUUGCUUUCAUCUCUCUC